AUGGCCCUAGCAAGUGGACAUUGGAUUGACAAGGAAAUUGAAGGAGUGCCACCAAGCCCAAGAUAUGGUCAUGCGAUUACUGUAGCAGGAAAUAUUGCGUUCUUGUUUGGAGGAGCUUCAAGCAUGAGUACAGAGGGAUGCCUGCCGAUAUAUCUAAAUGACUUUUACAUGAUUACAGUUUCAUCUAAUGGAGUGACGUGGGAGCUGAUGCCUCAGAAAGGAGAUGUGCCCAAUGGAAGAGAAGGACACACUCUCUGUGUAGUUAAAGGGAAACUCUACUUGUUUGGAGGCUCAUCACAUCCUGAAGCUCAGAAGUGUCUCUCAGGUGUCUAUUGUUUUGACAUUGUGACACUGACGUGGGAAAAGUUGCACACUGGAGGUGUUUCUCUGAGAUCACUGAGACACAGUUCAGCAGCUCUAGGAGAAAAUAUUUAUGUGUAUGGUGGCAUUCUGGAUGGAGUCGCCACAGAUGACCUCAUGAUGUUCAACACAGUGUCACAGAUUUGGAUGCCUAUCAAAACCACUGGGACUCUGCCAUCAGAGAGAUAUAACCAUUCGUUUGUGGUGGUUGGCGAGCAGAUAUUCUUGUUUGGUGGACGCUCAGGUGACGGAUCUCAACCCAAAGACAUUUAUGCUUUGAAUACAGAGACUCUGGUGUGGGAACAGUGUAAUGUGAAGGGAGAGUCUCCUGUUGUUGAUGCUGGUCAGACAUUUACACCACAUCAUGACAAGGAUAUCUACUUAUUUGGGGGAACAGUGACUAAUUCAGAUGGAGCUGUAUCAUCGACCAAUGAAAUUCACAAGUUAAGCAUCGCAAAGAUGAAGUGGAAGGUACCGCUGUAUGUUGGCAUCCCUCCCAGCAGACGUCACGGACACAUGGCUUUCAUCGUGCAUAGUCAUCUUUACGUGUUUGGAGGCAAAAAUGAAGAGCAAGAAUUUAAUGACUUGAAAAUAAUGAAAUUAAUAAACCCUUCAGAAAGACAGCCAGUAAUGAAGGAGAUUUUGUCUGAAUUUGGACUGCAGGGUGUCAGUAAUAGUUUCACUCCGACAAAGAUUCCCAAUGUGAAGUAUGAGAUGAGUCAGUCACCAGUGACCACAAAAAUCCACCGGAGUGAAACUAUUCAGGUGACAGGUCAUAGAGAUUUCACCGCAGUGCGUGAUGAGGCCCUGAACAUGAUCCAUAAAGCUUUUGCCAUGUUAGAUGAGGAAUUCCAAAAACUAGACAGAGAGAAAGCAGCACUUGUGCGGGACACAGAGGCUCUGCAAACAGAGAGAGACGCUCAAAAUGAACAUCUCCUGAGACAGAAACAGGAAAUUCAGGAAAUGCUGGAAAGACACAAAGCUCAGAACGAGGCUUGGCUGCGAGCGCGAGCAGACGAGAACGACAAGGAGAGGAAGGAGCUGUGUAAACUGAGGGACGAGGUGCUGCUCGAGCAGGAGAAACUGAAAGAGGAGCAGAGCAAUAUCCAAAAACGCAGUGAGCAGCUCCUGUCCAUUAUGCAGCAGUUCAAAGGCAUGUGAAGACACUGUCUCCAUGGCAACCGCAGAGGGAGACGGGCCGAGUUUUGUUUGGGAAACAGCGAGAGUAUUGAUGCCACUCCCUUACUGUGAUUUUUGGUUUGCUCAUGUGUCUGAUCAUGUGUCUGUGUGUGUUAAUGGAUGUCACAACAUAUUAGACAGUGUUAUUACCAAAGAACUGAAUGUGUUUAUAACAGGGUUAAAA